UUCUCUCCGCUCGACUCUUUCGUCUUUCCCCACGACUUCGACUUCGCCUCUCUCUCUCGAUCUCCUCUCUCUGUCCACUAGCCGUGUUCCUUUAGCGUGAGACGGGGAGCUAGGAAUCCACGGCGUCGGAAAAGGCGGUCGCCUGAGGAACCGGUUUCCCCGAGACUUUUGUCCGUCGCGGGAUUGGAUUCUCCGGCCAUGGCUCUCGCCGGCCUCCGCCGGCACGUCGGCCGGUUCUUGAGCGCCAGCAAUGAGCUCAUGGCGGCGUCGCUCUCGGCGGCGAGCUGCGCGGAGGAGAUGCAGAAGGCGGAGGGGGGCGAGUGCCGCGACGACGCGGCGGCGCUGCGGCUCAAGGAGGUGGCCAUGGCGGCGAUACUGGUGGCCGGGGUGCUCGGGGUGGGCCUGCCGCUCGCGGGCCGGAAGCGCCGCCCCAUGCGCACGGACAGCGCCGCGUUCGUGGCGGCCAAGGCGUUCGCGGCCGGGGUCAUCCUCGCCACGGGGUUCGUCCACAUGCUGCACGACGCCCAGAACGCGCUCUCCAGCCCCUGCCUCCCCGCCGUGCCGUGGCGGCGGUUCCCGUUCCCGGGGUUCGUCGCCAUGGCCGCCGCGCUCGCCACGCUGGUGCUCGACUUCCUCGCCACAAGGUUCUACGAGGCAAAGCACCGCGACGAGGCCGCGCGCGUCAAGGCAGCCGCUGCAGCCGCGCUCGCAGCGGCGGCCUCCGCGUCCGCGAGCGAAGAGGACAUCACCGUGGUCACCGUCGUCCAGGACGAGCGCAAGGCCCCGCUCCUGCAAACGCACUGCCACAGACACUCGCUCGGACACGGACACAGCCAUGGGCACGAGCUGGUGCAAGUAGAGGGCCGAGAGGGGGAUGUGUCGGAGCAUGUCCGGUCUGUCGUCGUGUCACAGAUACUGGAGAUGGGGAUAGUGUCUCACUCUGUGAUCAUCGGGUUGUCACUGGGAGUAUCGCGGAGCCCGUGCACAAUCAGGCCACUUGUCGCGGCACUUUCAUUCCACCAGUUCUUCGAGGGGUUUGCAUUAGGCGGGUGCAUUGCUCAGGCACAAUUCAAGAACCUUUCAGCGGUUCUAAUGGCAUCAUUCUUUGCCAUUACAACACCGGCAGGGAUAGCUGCUGGGGUAGGCUUAUCCACAUUUUACAAUCCAAAUAGCCCAAGGGCUCUUGUGAUUGAGGGAAUUCUUGACUCAGUGUCAGCUGGCAUCCUGAUAUACAUGUCACUGGUGGAUCUCAUUGCUGCAGACUUCUUGGGUUCAAAGAUGACAGGGUCGGUGCGACAGCAAGUGACGGUAUACAUUGCAUUGUUCCUUGGUGCAAUCUCCAUGUCAUCACUGGCAAUAUGGGCUUGACCGCUUGAGACCUGCCCUUGAUCAUCAGGUAAAAUGUGCAGUAAUCCCCUGAGGAAAUUCCUGUCUUGUGUGUACAGUGCUAAUGUUACGCUCAAGUCUUGCUAUGUCGGCCCUGUUUGUUUCCGCUUUUCUCAGACACGCUUAGAUUAUAAGCGAAGCGAAGAUUUUCUCGCUUCUCACUUUUCGCUUCUAGUAGUUCAAAUCUCUGAAGCGGAUUACAACAAAAGCGAAAAUGAGCAGAGCAUUUGGUGGGAUUAUCGCUCAUUUCCACCGAUAAGCCGAUUAUAAUCGGAAGCAAAUAGGGCCAUAGUAGUAGCUUGCUGGGGACUCAUCAUAGGAUGACAUGCCCUGUUUUUGAAGGGCAUGAAAGAAACACCGCCAUAUGUAAAAAGUUGGGCUCCUGUACCUUCACUGCCCCAACAAUGUCGGUUCCGUAGGUGAGAUGUUAAGGCUGGGUUUCUAUUGUACUCGAGAGUGCAACUGCUGUGGUUUUCUAAAAGGAACGACGAGCAAGCAAUGAUAUGUAUGACAGCCGCUGCCCCAGCUGCUGGCUUUGAUUAGA